AUGGCUGAUCCGAUUCCAGGCUCCUACCGUGAGGCUAUCCAAAACAACCAGCGUCGAUUGGAAGAUUUGGUAGAGCAAGGUGUUAUAAAACCCUUCUUUCUCUGGCACUUGCUUAUUUUUAUCAGCCUUCCAUUGGUGGGCUUGCUCGUCCCUUGUCGUGCGGGUUCACGAUAUGUUCGCCCAGCCAUCUUUGCUCUUGUUUUGAGCAUAAGCACCGACAUCUUCAAAAAUCGGCGGGUGCUCCUAGGUGCCAAUGGAUACAUGAUCGGAUUAAUGACAGUGUGGUGGACUAUAUGGAGUGCAACAAUAUUGAUAUUCCAUGAUGCCGAGAAAAACUUCAAACGGAUUGAAAGGAGGUCGAUCAGCACACCAGAAGGCACGGGGAAGAAGCAGUUGAAUGGAGAAGGGAAUUCGAGGACUUUGAACCAUAAUGACGAGUCAUCUCUAUCCAAAGUGGGCGUCAAGCGGGACAAUGAGCCUCCAACUCAAGAGGAAGCCCUCACAUGGCAAGGCUAUCCCGAGUCCUUGUCGCAUCGCCUCAAUUGGGUAAUGGGAUUGAUAUGCAACAUGAGAGGGCCCGAAUGGAACUGGCGCAUUUCUACCAUCGGGCCUCUGCCUCCAUCCGUCAAGGCCCAGCUAGGCUCUGAGGGCUCAUCAUGUAAAGAGGGCCAUUCUGCGUUUCCAGAUGCCAGAACACAAUUGCGGAAAGCAUUCGCCACCUUGCUCAAGUCGUAUCUAUUUCUCGAUCUCGUGAAAAUUCUCAUGAUGCGAGACCCAUACUUCUGGCUUGUAGUAUCUCCCUCCCCUCCACCGCCGUUCCCCUUCAGCUACUUUGCUGCGUCUUCCAUCCUCGUUCGCUUGUACCGUCUGGCCCUCACAGGUGUUGGUGUCUACGCUGCUUUGGCCUAUGCAACCGCAUUCAAUCCCAUCAUAUUUCUGGGGCUGUCUCUUGCUUUCCCCAAUGCAUCCCGUGCACUCACAUCGGUCCCUCUUGAUGCCCCCUGGCUUUACGCUUAUCCAUUUGGACCCUUUCUUACAACUAUCCUCGACGAAGGCCUAACUGGCUGCUGGAGCCGCUGGUGGCAUCAGGUUUUCCGCUUCGGGUUUACAUCAACGGGUCACUGGCUGGUGUCUUUCUUACCAUCCAAGCUGGCAAGAAAUCCUGUCGUGAAACGCACUAUAGUAGUGUUUACCGCCUUUUGCCUUAGUGGUUUAAUCCAUGGGUGCGGGAGCUAUACUCAAGUGGUAGACACCAGGCCACUGUCUGGCCCAUUUCUCUUUUUCUUUCUACAAGCUGUGGGGGUUACAAUCCAGACCACUUUCAUAACGCCAAUGCUCCCUCCCAAUAAUACUCCACUGUGGCUACGACGAAGCGUCAAUGCCGCAUUUGUGUUCUGUUGGUUGUUCGUGUCGUGCCCUUUCGUAGCGGACGACUUCGCACGAGGCGGCCUUUGGCUCACAGAGCCCAUACCAGUAAGCCCUCUUCGUGGGUUAGGGCUCGGGGCUGAGGGCGAGGGAUGGUGGUGCUGGAAAGAGCCUUGGUUCCGUUCAUGGAGUGGAGGUGAUGGCUCCUGGUGGCAGCGUGGAGUGCGACUUUUGUGA